UAUACGAUCUAUUGUUGUUGCAAAGGCUGCCAGACAUAGGCAAAGUAAAAAGUAUAUAUAGAAGAGAAAGUGUAACAAAAAUAGUGCAAGUGGGCAGGUGUGCGGCUAUACUCACACAUAAACACCACUUAGGCCAGACAGCCAGAAAAGCUUGAAAGAGAAAAAUAUGGAUAUGAAAAUAGAAGAAGCAAAAAUAAAGAUUGAAAAAAGUGUGAAUGCCAGUGUCUAUACUCGUACACUUUGACCUACUGCAGACAAGCGUACCCGUAUGCAAAUGAGUGAUGCUAAUAUGCGGCAGAAGUGGGAAUGUUUGAGGUACGCAAAUAUAAAGUGUCAGGCGAUGGGCGAUAAUAUUUCACAUAAAGCAUAUUUAAAUUGGCUAGUUGAAGUGUGAAUCUAUGUCAGUAGAAAAAUUUAAAGAAAACGUCAUAAAAAUUGUAAAGCAACAAUAAAAACUUUCUGCCAUGUGGCCAAUGGGGAUACAACAGUUCUGUCGCUGCAUCGUCAGGCGAGACUGGCAAAAUCAACUUAUAUCUCAACAACGACGGUGAAUAAUCGCAGUAAGAACUCAACCAUCAACAUCGACACCAAAAUCAACAACACAAUACUCGUCCUAACGCCACGAGCACAGGCAACAGCAGCAAAAGCGCCCGAAGUAAGUGUAACAGUAGCCAAAGCAUUAGCAGCAGCAACAUUGCAAAUAUAGCCAACAGCAACAGCAGCAGCAGUGGUACAAGUGAAAUAAUUGCCAACUCAACAUGUCGGCCGCGCCAGAUGGUGCGGAUGCGGACGCGGGUGCUGACGAGCCACUACUCGAGUCCUACGACAACCUCGACGCAAUUAAUGAGAGCACCGAACUGCAGUGCAUGCUGCAGGAGCACAUCGAUACAACGACCUACGGCAAUGACAGCGCCUACUGCCUCACCCACUUCGACUCGAUCCUUUGUUGGCCGCGAACGCCGCGCGGUACUUGGGCGGCGCUGCCUUGUCUGCAUGAGUUUCAGGGCAUCCAGUACGACAGUUCGCAGAAUGCGACGCGCUACUGUCACGCGAACGGUACGUGGGAGAAGUAUACAAAUUAUGAUUUGUGUAUGCACCUGCCCGCGCCCUCAACUGUACCUGAAUUCGAGCCAAUCAUCGAGUUGCCAACGAUAAUUUACUACAUCGGCUACACAAUCAGCUUAGUCUCAUUGACGUUGGCGAUUAUUGUCUUUGCGUAUUUUAAGGAAUUACGCUGUUUGCGCAAUUCAAUUCACGCCAAUUUAUUUUUUACAUAUAUCAUGUCGGCGUUGCUGUGGAUACUCACUUUAUCCGUGCAUAUUUCUAUACGCACAGGUUUAGGGGGAUGCGUGGUCCUGGUAACGCUUUUCCAUUUCUUCACUCUAACUAAUUUCUUCUGGAUGCUGGUUGAAGGUCUUUAUUUGUAUAUGCUGGUAGUGAAGACAUUUUCCGGUGAUAAUAUACGCUUCAACAUAUACGCAAUAAUAGGAUGGGGUGGUCCCGCAGCAUUCGUUGUCAGUUGGGCGAUUGCCAAAGGACUUACGAUAUCCUAUGAUGUGGAGCAGUUCGAUAUUGGCUGCCCUUGGAUGCAGGAAACCUAUGUGGAUUGGAUUUUUCAGGGUCCUGUAUGUGCGGUGCUGAUUAUGAAUUUAAUAUUUCUACUCAGAAUAAUGUGGGUGUUGAUAACAAAACUCCGAUCAGCCAACACUGUGGAAACGCGUCAAUAUCGCAAAGCGGCCAAGGCCUUGUUGGUUCUCAUUCCGCUCUUCGGCAUUACCUACCUGGUGGUUUUAGCUGGCCCCAGCGAAAGUGGAGUAAUGAGUCAUAUGUUUGCUGUAGUGCGGGCAUUGCUGCUCAGUACCCAGGGAUUUUCAGUGUCAUUGUUCUAUUGUUUUCUCAACUCUGAAGUGCGAAACACACUGAGGCAUCACGUUUCCAGAUGGCGCGAUGCGCGGAAUAUUCAGCUGAAUCAAAGCAGAAGGUAUACCACGAAAAGUUUCUCAAAGGAUUGCUCACCGCGGACGGAAAGCACACGGCCACUCACCGCUUACUACGGCAAAGGCAAGCGUGAAUCCUGCGUAUCAUCGGCCACAACCACCACCCUGUUGGGUCAAAACCAGAAUCUCUCUUUAAAUGUGAAUACCAGCGCACAAAUGGCGAUGCAACGCGGCUCAAACGGUGCUUUGCAUAUGAUGCCCACAGUUACGGCACUAACCAUUAUGCCACGGGCGAUUAGUCCGCUCAUGAAGCAAAGGCUAGAGGAAAAUGCCGUAUAA